AUGGAAUCCAAGAAAACAGCUUCAUUAACCCUUCUUCUGGCUCUCAACCUUGUCUUCUUUGCUGUGGUCAGUGCUACUAGCGCUACCCCUGUACCAGCUUCCACUUAUUAUCCUGUAAAUAAAUGCGAUCCGCUGAAGUUAGGAGUAUGUGCCAAUGUGCUUAACUUGGUUGAUGUUGUUGUCGGAUCCCCUCCAACAUUGCCAUGCUGCAGUCUCAUUAAAGGCCUUGUUGAUCUUGAGGUGGCUCUGUGUCUAUGUACGGCCAUUAAAGCCAACAUUCUCGGAAUCAAAUUGGAUGUUCCCAUUGCACUUAGCUUGGUACUUAAUAACUGCGGCAAGAAAGUCCCAUCUGGUUUUGAAUGUUACUAG